AUGACCAAGCACGCUGACUGUAUUCGGCCGUUUUUGUUUUCAGUUCGCCUGCUCCUAUGGAUCUGUGCAGUAAUUACUUUGGGCCUUAGCGCCUGGGUGGUCGAUCACCUGAAGGGCUAUCGGGCCAUCUUCACCCUAGUCAUUGCGGUCCUCACCACGGCAUUUUAUAUUCCCUCCCUGUUCACGGCAUGCAUGAAUCGCAACCGUGGUUAUAUGAUUCCGCUAGACAUAGUCUUCUAUGCACUAUGGUUAUCGGCAUUCAUUUUUGUUGCCCAAACCGAUGACUUCCUUGAUGACGCCGGGUGUACUUACUGGAUUUGGGACCUAAGCACCAGUUGCAGGCGGAGGAAUGCCAUCCAAGCGUUUACCUUUCUGUCUUUCUUCUGGACGUUCUGUGGCCUAUGUUUGGAAACCCUUAAUAUUUAUUUCGACGGCCGGCAUCCUACGGGUCAUACUAUUAACCACCCGGAGAAACCCAGUUCUUUCGGUCGUGGCGCGAAUAACGGAACUACUACAGCCCCCGCCGAGACUGUGCCAGGAUUGAAUGGUGAACACACCCAAGUUUGA